GGACACGCAUAAACCCAUAUCCAGAAAUCCCCCAAUUCUCAACCCAGAAGCUUCUAAACACAAAAAUGGCGCCUUAGUUUUGAAUUCUAACAUUUUUCUCACAGUCCGGAGCUUUUAGAGAGAGAAACAGCGAUUUUAUAGAGAGAAACCCUAGAAAUCCGUGGAGAAUGAUUCUGAGAACGCCUCCACCGAGAAAACGGAGAGCGGAUGAUUCCAGAGCUCCCGAAAGCCCCGGCUCUGAUCGCCGCCUGGUGAUAUACGAAGAUCCGGUGCCGGAAUCGUCGCACGGCCCGUCGGAGCAAAUGCUCUGCACUUACCAGUGCCGUCAGAUGGUUAAAGCUGAGUUUCUGGAAUCCUUAAACAGUGCAGAGAAGCAGGUACGUGAUUAUCAAUCUAGAUUGGAGGCAUCGAAUGAAAACUUCUGCAAAGCUGAGGCUGAUAGGAAGAAAUUUCGAGAUCAAUUCUUUUAUGCAGAACAAGAACUUGCUGCUGUCAAAGGGCGUGAAAAAGCAUUGCAAGAGCAGCUUCUGAAGGAGGUCAAUGAUUCUAAAGGACGAUUUAAAAAACAAAUACAGUCAUAUAGUGAACUUGAGGGAAAGCUUCAAAAUGAAAUGAACCUUCGCAAGAAUGCUGAGUCUUCAGCAGCUUUGGCUGAGGAGAAAGCAAGUGCUUUGGAAGGAAAACUAAGCCAAUUUUCUGAGAGCAUAGAAAGAGAAAAAAAGCGUCUUCAGUAUGAGCUUGCACAGCUUAAAAGAGAAUCAAAGCUUUCUGUUUCUAGAAUUAGUGCAGAUCUUGAAAGAAUGGAAUGCAGGGCUAAUAAUGCUGAGAAAGAAUCAGAGCUACUGAAAGAGCAGCUGGAAGAACUUAAAAGCCAACUUAAUGAGUGCUUGCACCAGAAGAGUGAAGCAGAGAAGAAGUUAUCGAGUUGUACAUCUCAAGAAGUUACUACUUCUAUGGAGUCUGAUAUUUUGGUGAAGCAUCUGCAAGAGGAGCUGAGGAACUAUGGGUUUGAAGUGCGAGAGGCGAGAAAGUUGAAAUCGUCUCAUGAAAACAUUGAAUUAUUGAAGGAGAAAUUAUUGGAAGAGAAAGGCCGCAGAGAAAGGGCUGAGUCAGAGUUACUUAAAUUACCGGAGAUCCAGCUAAGCAUGAAGAAGUUGGAGGAUGAGUUGUUGUCUUGGAAAUUGAUGGUUAAAGACAUUCCUGGUGUAUCAUGUUCUGAUGAUGUACCUAUGAAAUUUGCAGCUCUACAAAAAGAGGUGAUCGAAGGCAUGAUGAAGUUGGGUGAGGCAAAUGCACGAUUGAAACAAAUGGAGGUAUCUCUGGAUGCUGCUGAACAUGCUAAACAGAAUGCUGAAACUGAGGCUGCAUCGGCCAAAGAGAGUUCAGAAGUAUCCAAAUCGGAGGUUAAGCGGAUUGAAUUGAUGCUUGGUUUGGUUACUGAAGAAAGAGAUCAAUUGAGAAAUGCUAUUAAUGAAUUGAAGAAGCAGAAGAAUGUUGAAGCAGGGGAUGAGACGAAGAAUGGCACUCUUCUUCAGGAGUUUGAAUUAUCUCUUGCCAAGAAGGAAAACUGUAUUAAGGAAUUGGAGAACAAUUUGUGUGAACAAAAAGAAGUCAAUAAUCGUCGAUUCAAUGAAAUAAAGUUGCUCAACGAGAAGCUAAAUAAUGAAGCGAGAAGAAUAAAGUCAUUAGAGCGGGAGGGUGAUCGGCUUCGUUCUGAGAUUUCUUUAUUGGAAUCCAAGUUGGGUCAUGGUGACUUUUCUGCUACAAAUACAAAAGUUUUGCGUAUGGUGAAUACUCUUGCAGUUGAUAAUGAGGCAAAGCAAACAAUAGAGGCUUUACAAACCGAGUUGCAGAAGGCAAAGGAGAAGUUAGAAGCUAUUGAAGAAUUGAAAACACAGUCAGCUGAUUCUGGGAAACUGGUAGACUCCUAUGUAGCUGGAAAAAUAGUGCAGUUCAAGGAACAAAUUGCAACACUUGAGAAACGUGAGGAAAGAUACAAGACUGUUUUUGCUGAUAGAAUUUCAGUUUUCAGAAGGGCAUGUUGUGAACUUUUUGGUUACAAGAUUGUAAUGGAUGAUCACCAACGUCCUAAUGGAAUUCCAGUGACACGUUUUACCCUCCAAUCAAUUUAUGCUCAAAGUGAUGAUGAGAAGCUUGAAUUUGAAUAUGAAUCAGGGAAUACAAACAUUUUGGCAAAUGCUUACACCUCGCAGCCUGAGAUAUCCCAGCAGGUUGAGAUAUUCAUUCAGAAGUUGAACUCAAUUCCAGCUUUCACUGCCAACUUAACAGUGGAGUCUUUCAAUAAGCGAACCCUUUGUUGAAAUGAGACAACUUACCUUGGUUGCUCUAUUUCUUUUACUGAUGCAUCACCAGAAAUGUAUAUUUUUCUUCCUAGUCAUUUUUCCUCCUUUGACUUGGAGUAUUAUGCUGCCGCCCUUGGCCUGAAUUUUUAAACCCUACUGUAUUAUUAUUCAGCCAUGGCAAUCAGAUCUGGUACUGUUUCUAGUUUUGAUAAGUGUUUGAGGGGAGAGUUAAAAUUUGUUUUUUAUUUGCAUUGUCUCUCAGUUAUUGAUCCUUGUUCAUUGCAGACUUCUUUAAUUACACAACCUCGUUCUUUUU